GGUGAUCGCCGUGUCCGGAAAGCGGAUCACGGAAAGAGCUGAAGAUGUCGGCUCGGUCAUGUGAUCAGCUGUGUCCAAUCACAGCUGAUCACAUGGCACUGAUGAUCAGUGUGCCCUGAUGAUCAGUGUGGCCCCAGAAGUGCCACCUGUCAGUGCUCAUCAGUGCCAGUGCCCAUCAGUGCCACGUGCCAGUGCCCAUCAGUGCCACAUAUCAGUGCAUACCAGUGCACAUCAAUGCCACAUAUCAAUGCAUACCAGUGCACAUCAAUGCCACAUAUCGGUGCCCAUCUGAGCUGCCUUUCAAUGUCACCCGUCAGUGCCACCUAUCAAUGCCAAUCAGUGCCACCUAUCAGUGCCAGUCAGUG